AUGAAGCUCUGUGAUACUCUAGCCCUGUUGGCUGUGCCAGCAGCGGUUAUUGCCGGUACAACCUUUUCUCCAGCAAGACCUCCUGCCAUUCCUCUGGCCGUCAAAUCGCCAUAUGUGAGCGCUCAUUUAACGGUCGCCUCUGAUGGCGGAGAUGGUGGUUAUUUGGCCGAAGAUUUCCCGCGCUUUUGGCAAUAUUCAAUAAGCGGAUGGGCUGGUCUGAUCCGGGUCGAUGGCAACACAUACAGCUGGAUGGGAAAUAGCGGCGGCAUGGGAUUUACCCCUGUGACUCAGGAAGCCUUCACCUACACGGCUACGCGUAGUAUCUUCACCAUGAGCACUCCAGAGGGCGUUAGCUUCAAUGUGACCUUCUUGUCACCGGUCUACCCUACCGAUUACAAGCGACACUCCCAGACGGCGACCUACUUGGACGUGAGCGUCUGGGCCAACGAUGGCAAAACUCACGACGUCGAAGUCUACUCGGACAUCUCAGCCGAAUGGAUCUCUACCGACCCUUCUGCUAUUGCACAGUGGGACUUUGGCCUCUCGAAAGACGGCAAGGUGUUGACACACAACGUUUACCGUCAGACCCAACUGCUAUUCACUGAGGAUCAAGCUUCUAAUGGUGCUGUCGCUAACUGGGGCAACUGGUUGUGGUCAACUGGCAGCUCAGAUAGUGCUAGUUACCAAUCUGGUGCUGAUGCUGACGUUCGUGGUCAGUUCACCGACAACGGCGCUCUCAUUGACCAGGGCGACACCGAGUUCCGAGCUAUUAACGAUCGCUGGCCGGUAUUUGCCUUUGCUCACAGCCUGGGCCAGGUCAACAGCACCGUAUCUUCAGCGCUGUUCACCCUCGGUCUGUACCAAGAGCAAGCCAUCCAGUUUGAAGGAAAGGACGGCAUCGUAUCUUUGCCCGGCUACUGGACCAACUUCUGGAGCACAGCGGACGAGGCGGCUGCAGCCUUCUACGAAGACUAUAGCUAUGCGGCUGAUGCUAUGACCAAAACCGAUACCCGUAUUCGCAGUGAUGCUGUGGCUGCCGCCGGCGACGAUUAUGCUGCCAUCGUCGAGCUUUCCUACCGUCAGGCGUAUGGUGGCAUUCAGCUCGCUGGAACAGAGGACAACCACUAUGUUUUCUUGAAGGAAAUCUCAUCCGAUGGCAACGUUGGAACUGUCGAUGUCAUCUACCCAGCUUUCCCAGUAUUCUUGUACGACAACCCGGACCUCGUCAAGGGAAUGCUCGACCCACUCUUUGAAAACCAGGAAUCCGGCAACUACCCUCUUAAAUAUGCCGAACAUGACAUUGGCGCCAGCUAUCCUAACGCCACCGGACACAACGAUGGCAAGGACGAACACAUGGCUGUCGAGGAGCCCGGCAACAUGCUGAUCAUGACACUGGCGUACGUGCAAGCCACGAAUAACACCGACUACCUCACCCAGCAUUAUAACAUUCUCAAGCAAUGGAAUAAUUACCUGAUUGCAGCUGCCCUGGCACCUUCUGCCCCUCCUAAUGAUCUCUCGACCGACGACUUUGCAGGAAGCGCUGCCAACCAGACCGACCUUGCACUGAAGGGUAUCAUUGGUAUUGCGGCCAUGGCUGAGAUUUCUAAGCUCACAAACAACACCGAUGACGCCAAGAACUUCACGUCAAUUUCUAAGGACUAUAUCAAGCAGUGGCAGACUCUGGGCAUCAACUCCGAUGCAAGCCCCCCACAUACCACGUUCUCUUAUGGCGACCAGGACAGCCACGGCCUACUCUACAACUUGUACGCCGACAAGCUUCUUGGUCUCAACCUUGUGCCUCAAUCUGUGUAUGACAUGCAAUCCGACUUUUACCAAACUGUUGGAGGCACGUACGGUGUUGCCCUCGACACCCGCUGGAACUUCACCAAGCUUGACUGGCAGCUCUGGUGCGCGGCCAUCGCUUCAGAUGACACCCGUGACUACUUCCACUCUCGUAUCGUGAAAUGGAUCAACGAGACGCCCGCCAAUGCUCCAUUGACUGAUCUAUAUGAGGUUGAAGGUGGUGAUUUUGCACAUGAGACCAAUGCCGACGGUGUUACUAAAGGAGCUACUUUCGCAUACCGCCCUGUAGUCGGUGGUGUAUUUGCUCUCUUGGCCCUUCCUUGA